CUACUGUGCGCUGAUGUAGUGAGAUUCAAUAUGGCGGCGCCAUUCGCCUCUGGAACAGGGCGGGGAGAACAGUCGCCGAAUCGACACUACAAUAUCUACGCGUAUUUUUGUCGAAACCAUCGGCUUCGUGACUCGAACGCGAGUGAUAUUGUAAAAUAAUCCUGUGUUUCUGUGUUCAUUUAUGCUGUUUGUGUUAUUAUAAGUGUAUUAUGGUGAUUUUGUUGUGAAAAACGUGAAAGGACUUUAGGGUAACAAUGUCUAGCAGUUGACAUGUUUAUCUGUGUCGUGUGUGAAGAUUUUCCCUUCGCGUGAGGAGGUGCGGUGCGCGAGUGUGCGCGCUAGCGCUCCUGUGUGUGUGCUGUGAUCGUGAAUACACAAACCAAUGAUGGAUUGCAUUUCCAUGGAUGUUUAGAUCUUGCAUCGUGAAUAAGAAUGUGAUCUCAAGAAUCACUUCAUCGAUGACGGCAUAUUUUAUACGACCCUAGCAGACAAUGCGGUCACAAGCUUCAAAACCGUUACCUAAGAAAGGGGAAUUAAGUAAACCAUCAUUCAAAAAUAUCACAGCGAAGCAAGCUGCUAAAAAAGCUGUUUCGCCUAAAAGGGUUAAAAAUUUAGUGAAUAAAUCAUUAAUUAAAAAUACUAAGAAAGGUUCUUCCAAAGAUGACCCAUCUACUUCCAAAAACGAUGAUGCUUCUGCAAAUAAUGAUAAAACCGACACCACACCAGAAGCUGUUAAAUAUGGACAGUGCAAAGCAGGUACGGCACGCGGUGAUUCACCAACAAAAAAACUCAAAAAAGAUCCAAAAGAGAAGAAGGACGCGACUAAAGUUGGACCCGAUAGUGUGAAGAAAAACGGAUCGAAAAAAGCUACCAAGGUUGACAAGAAAACUAAACCUGUUAAGGCUAAUGUAAAAAAAUGCGUAAAAGGUAAAAAAGAUAUUAAGUACAAAAUUAAUAAAGAUGUUAUAAGUAAAGCAACACCGAAAUUUUCAAAAGCUAAGACUGUAAUAAAAAAAGGAAAUGCAAAUAAUGAUAAAAAGAAAGGAACGGUUCCACCAAAACAAGAUUCCAUUGAAAAAGACCAACAAAUUGAUGAGAACAAAAGUACAGAUAUCACUAUCAAAAAGGAAUUAAAUACGGUUAUUGAAGAAGGUAUUGAAAAUAGUAAAACUAAAACACUAGAAGCAGAUAAAAGUGAGGACAAAUCAGACACUAAAAUUGUCAAUGAUUCUGUACAUAGUAAAACAACAUCUAAGCCAGUAGGCCCCCCUGGUAAUCAACCGGAAACACCUAAAACUGAAACUGAAAGGCCUCCAAAGUUUUUCACGUCGGCUAGGUCACCACGUACCGUAGAUAUUGAUGUAAAAUGUUGUAAAAAUUCAAAAGGUAAUUUAAGCGUUUCAGAGAGAUUUGUUUCUAUGAAAGUAGAAACAAAAGUGGAAGACAACGCUAAAGAUAAAAGUUCUUCUAAUACUUUAGUGUCACAGGGACCAGAGAUCGAUGUUUAUACAUUCACGGAAAAGGUCGAUUCUCCAAAGAGCAUAUUAUCUGAUUUUCGUAGUCCUGUAAAUAAAAAUAUUGGUAGAGUUCGACCAAUAGCUAGAGUUAAGGGUACUGUAAUUGACAAAAAGGCCGAAUCAGAGAAGAAAAAAUAUUCACCUCAUAGACCAAUUGAAGAAGUCGUCAAACAAUUGAAAAACAAGCGGUCUGAAGAAUUAAAUGCGAACCAAAAUCAAAAUGCUAGUGCAACAUCUAGUGUACAAACCAAUCCUGGUAAUAGUGAGACAGAAGCUGAAGAAAAACCUAAACCUAUUGUUAGUAAAUCUUACAAAAUGGUGGCAAGAAAAUCUAGUAUAACUGGGAAACCUUUUAGCCCGAUUAAAUUUUUGGAACAAGAAACGCCCAAUAAAAGUGAUAAAACUGAAAAACCUGUAAAAACUAACUCCAAUGCAAAGAAAAGUCCCGUAAAACCUAAAAAACAGACUAAGAAAAGCAGCAUUUCAGAUGAAGAAAUAGAUAAUUCUAAAUUUGCUCUUAAUACUAAAAGUUUUCAUUACACGUCAUCUGAAGAAAGCGUUAGUGAAUCUAACGACGACAAUGACACCAAAGAGUCUUCCGAAUCUGAUAGUCCUAAAAACAAAAAAGCCAAGAACAAAAAGUUAAAGAAAAAUAGAAUAACUGAUGGUGCAAAAAAACCACCCUCUAAAGAACUGAAAGAACUGUCGAAAGAUUCUCUUAUCGACCUCAAGGAGAGCUCAGCUCUGUUAGGUAAUGAAAAACCUAGCAAGCGACGCCUUAAACUGCUGUCAAUGUGGAGCGGCCCCAAAAAACAUCGCAUGGCGUCUCUAAAUGCGAUUGCAAAAGUCCACUGCUUGUAUGAGAAUGAAAGUAGAACACACAUGGAACUAGGAUUGAUGAAAACAGUUGAUAGGCAAGUCUUACCGAGCACCUCUAAGGCCGGAUCUCCAAAAAAGAAAGAAAAUAAGUCAAAAGAAACAGAAAAGCAAGAAAGUACUUCAGAAUCAGAAUAUGAAGCUAAAAAAGAGAAGAAAGAAGAUAGUUCAGAAAGUUCGGAUGACAACCCGCCACAGCGAUCUCUGCGUGGAGUGCCAGGAAUCAGAAGUGCAGGCAAGUAUUGGGACCCAAAAUCUUCUACCUCUUCAAGCGAAGACAGCGAACAAGACACUAAGAAAAAGGCGACUAAUUCAGAGAAAAAGAAAACGCCUUCUAAAGCUUCUUCUAUUAAAUCAGACACUGAGAAACCUCCGGCUAAAAUGAAAAAGACAGCCGGAGUACCCGUGAAGAAAAAACGUAAUAGAAAUGAGGUAGUAAUGGACCUGAAAGAUAUGGUCGUACAAAAACGUAUGGCAAGCCUUAACGCCACCGCAAUUCUAGCAGCUAGUUACGAAAAACGUUCGCCGAAAUCUAAUAAAGAUGAUACUACAUCAGACUCAUGUAGCGAUGAAUCUUACUCACAGAAGUCAAAAAACGGGGUAACUUCCGGCGUUAAGUCGGAAUCAAAAAACGAAUAUGAAGCUAAAUCUGAAAGUGAUGAAUCCGCUGUAUCGGAUAGAAAACAAAAAGUCGAAGUGAUAGUUAAUCAAGACACUGAUGUAACUAUUACCGGGGUGUACUCCACACAUCAUCACGAGGGGUUUUGCACGGUGUCCGGGAUGCAGUACCGCAUCUCAUCGACAAGUCACACACAAACCACAGCAACAGCUAACUGCGAAAAGGAGGGAUGUUCUCGUGAAGAUGGAGCCCGCUACACUCCACUUUCCGCCCUGUCAUCCAUGCAACCGCCCGCCGACCACUCGCAUUCACAUCCAGUGCCAGAAUUGGGUGGAUUAGCGCGUCGCCCCGGCUGCUCCAGCGCAUUCUCCGCACCGUCUUCGGCUUCUCAUCAUGAACAAGGAUAUUACCAGCCCGCAGGGCCUCUAAUCAAAGAGACGAGUGCUGAUGCAGAGCGUACACUCGCCAGAUACCAUCCACAUUACCACGCGCCGCAUCCACCGGUACUGCAACAAUAUGGCCCACCAUACUACCCAGACCUCUGUUACGGUCGCUACUACCGGCCUCCUGGGUCAUACCACAUGCCACCACCGCAGCCAGACGCACAGAUGGUUGGUGUCGGCAGUGAACCGUAUCCACCACCACCACAGUAUUAUGGCACACCGCCAUGUUACCAACAUUCUCCUCAAAGGAUACCAUACGUAGAAUAUCGCGGAUGCCCGUGCCCAUUGAACGCGUGUCCAAAAAACGUGCUUAUUGGGCCCGCUACUGGUAAAGCCCCAGCCGGUGGUGGCCCAGCAGACGUUCCCCCUGCUCUCGCGCCGCCCGGGGGCGCCUUCCGACCGAAGGUGCGGGCGUGCGCUCUUGACGCUGUCGCAGACACACAUGGCAGCGGCAAGGACCCGCCACUAGAACUGGAACCUCCAGCUGCAGCGGACGCUCCUCACCCCUGUGCUAUGCCAGCAAUGGGAGGCGUUUCUCCUAAACGAGAGAUCUAUGAUGUUCGGGAUAAACUACGCAUCGCUAAUGACAUACCCGGACCUGCGGAGGCUCUCGGACCACCAUCGCCCGCUCGGGGCUCAGCAGGAGCCUGUGCUCCACAACCUCCACCUGUGGCUCCACGCCGUGCUCGCCUCGGCAAGGCCAUGGCUAGGCGAUCCCUUGCAGGCGAUGACACUGGUCUUCUACUAUCCACGCCACAGCCUCCAAUAAUAGCCCAUCACAGUGAUGCUGAUGACGAUGUGCUUGCCAUUUCACCUCCAACCUGUGCUCCAAUUGACCUCUCUUCUUCAGACGAAAGGUCGACGCCACUAGUCGAUGUUAAGAAAGAAAAUGAAGGUCCAACGUAUAACACCGCACGAAAACCAGAAGCACAAGCGCUUAGAGAGCAUAAUAGCACUACAGUUAUGGACGCUAACAUCGUUCCUGAUGCAGCUAAAGCGGUGAAACGAAGAUAUUCAAAGCCAAAAUUAGAGAUUGAUAUGAAAGAUACACAACUUGAGGAAUCUUGUAAGACGAAUGGAAUCGGGGAACAUGUGAAACUCCAAAAGCGAAGAAAAGUUUCGGGAGAUCAGACUGAUAUUCAGAGAGUAGAAACUGUUACUAAAGAGCCCAAGAAAAAGCAAACCCAAACUAAGAAAAUUCCAAAAUCACCACCAUCCGAUAAAAAAACUGUUAAACGGAAAUCAGAAAGUGCCACGGGUGGGUCUAAGCCAAAAAAGAUGCUUCUUGAGAAUGAUGAAGAUAAUAAAGUCAAAAAUAUUGUCGCAAUCAUCGAUGAAUCACAUCCUGCAAAACCAAAAAAUAAAAGUGCUUUACUUCUUGACAAUUUAAUUCGGAAAAAUAGCAUCGACCGGCCUGAAACAAAGGGCUUAGACGCUGAACUAAAUCCAGCUGAACUGUUCCUAUCUCCUACGGAAAACAUCGCACAAAUUAGUGCUAAGAAAACCUUAAACAUAAACAAUAAUAUAGUAGACAAUGGAAACAAUACCGUUAAUGGGGUCCGGGCUAAUACACUUGCCGCGGUGUCUCAAUUAAUAGGCAAGAAAAUGGCUUGUAAGUUAGAAAAAGUUGAUUCCAAAGUAAGUAACGAAGUAAAAUCAGUAUUAAAGUCACCCACCGUAAAAGCUGUUUCUGAAAAUGACUGUAAACCUUUGAGUAUAAAUGAUAAUAUCGAAGAAAAAUUGAAACCCUGCACUAAAACAGAAACUGAAAUCAUUAUACCUCAAGCCGAAAAAGAUGUACCAGACAUGUUAAAAGAUAAUAAAAAUUGUACUAACACUAUUGUGGCAGACAUACCAGCACAAGUAACUAUAGCAACAAAGGAAAAGGAAGAUUUUGAAUUAGAAGUUGAAGAAAUGGAGAUCGAAGACGCGGAAAAGAUAGAAGACAGUGAGGACAAAACAAUAUCUGAGAAUGAAAAGGAGAAGCCAAAACCAGUAAAGCUUGAUAGAACGACGGUGAAGCGAUGCAAAUUGGCAAAUGGAGAAAUGAAGGCUAAAAAUGUGGAAAAAGUAGUUAAAUUAUUGGUAUCAAAGAGGCCAGCAUUUAAGACAGAUGAGGCAACGUUAGUAGUGGAGGAAGCCUGUGCAUCCCCAACGCCCACCGGGCCGGGGAUGAGGCGCGCGCGGCGCCGGGGGGCGGGACACUCGCGCCGCGGCCGGCGUCCGCUCGUGCCGCCCGCCCCGCCCGCACUCGAACCCCACGCCCCGCCGCGCUGGAGCAACGGCUGGAACUGGGACGGCGAACAUUACCUAUCCAAAGUCUACCUCAAUAAUGACUCCAAACUGGACCGCACGGCACGAUGCUGGUCGCGCAUGACGCACGCCAGCGGCGACAGCGUGGCGCGAGGUGACUGCGUGCUGUUGAGGGCAUCCCUUGCCAGAGCACAACCUUACGUCGCCAGGGUCGCUAGUCUAUGGGAGAACCCUGAUGAUGGGGAAAUGAUGGUGUCUCUGGUAUGGUAUUACCGGCCGGAGCAUACGGAACUCGGGCGACAGCCGGCAGAUGCACCCGACGAAGUAUUCGCGUCACGACACCGCGAUGCCAACUCUGUGGCCUGCAUCGAGGAUAAGUGCUACGUGCUCACCUUCAAUGAGUACUGCCGGUACCGCAAACGGCUAAAAGCGGCUGAAGAAGGCGUCACCAUCACCCCAUCAAUCGUACCUCCGAUGCCAGCCAGCGAGGUGAGCCCGGCAGUGGCGCCCAACGACAGUCGCCUGCCGCCCUCCGUGUCCCCCGAGCUGGUGCUAUUCUGCCGCAAGAUAUACGACUUCAGGUCCAAGAAGAUACACGUACCUAACAAAUGAAAUCCUGAGCGAUAUCGUCUGGAUGUCGUUUAUAAGAUCUGUGUCGAUCUGUGCACCGAGGAUGAGGCGUCGACGCCUUGCGGAUGCGUCACAACAAAUUUUUACAAAGUAUUUUAUCUAAAGGAAGUGAACACCAAAGUUACGUUAUGAAGUUGUAUCUCGUUAGUUGUCGACAGCACUCGGCGGUUCUCGGUGUAACUCGGUGGAUGGACGCCGCGACGGUGGUCCCGCAGACUUCAUCGUUUCUUAUAUAGUAGUGUCUCAUUGCAAACCUUUAAAUUAGUACAAAAACGCGUUCCCGGGUGCAAAUCGUAGAAUGUGUGACCUGUGGCCAUUUUAUGUGAACAUAAACUACGUAAUCGUUGUGUUUAGUCGCCAGUCGGUCAGUUUUGUUGCUUGUGUCGUGAUUUGUCGUAGAAGUUUAUUUCGUAUCUAGACUUACAGUGAUUUGCGGUAUCAAAUAAUUUGGAUGAAUAAUUAUUUGUAUCAAAGGAUGCCUUUUUUAAUGUGUAAGUAGUUAUAAGGAAAUCAUGUUUGAGAUGCAUAAUUAUGUAUAGCAAUAUAUUUUUCUUUUUGCUUGAAAUUAAGAUGAGCGAAUGUCCUAUUUAUUCUCAUUCUUGUUAAAGUAAUGAGAUGCUGAGUACUGAUUGAUGGCUAUUCAUUAUAGCUGAUACGAUUUUGUAUGACAUUUAAGAUUUGAUUGGCUACUGGGAAAUUGAAAAGGCAUUUAUAAUGAUUACAAACUUAUGUUUAAUUAUGUACCUAUUUGUUAUAUUAUUGCGCAGACUUUAUCUCGUUAUAUAGUCUGUGUAUUGUUGUCAAAGUAGAGUCUAUAUUAAAUUAUUCUUUUAUUUUAAGAGCGUAGGUGCGGGUGCGUGCUAUUAAAUCAUCGCGAUUGGAUCUCUUCUGUACUUGGCGCUCGCGAUUUGAUACAUCACAUACGAUAGUGCGCAUCGUAGCUCGCGAUACACGUAUCUUGUCGAACUAUAUUGUUUACGUUUCGAAAAUAUACGGGACUCUUACAAAGAGUUUGCAAUUAAAUUAAGUAGUUAUUGAUACAUCACAAAUUUUGCAAUUUUUAUAAUUUUAUGACAUAGGAUCGUAAUUAUAAUCGGAUAACGGGGUGAAGGUUGCCUCAGUUAAGUUCCGUAUCAAUUGUGUAGCCCCUGCCAACAAUGUAAUAACGUUCCCGUAGGCGCGCUCGAUGUCAUCCGCAGCCGUUUUUAAACGUUCAAAUAUCAAGUAAAAAAUACAAAAGUAUUUAACUUUAACCCUGCCUUCGAAGGAAUUGAUUUUAAAUUGCAUUUCGGCCUUUAAUAUCCAACGUAGGAAGUAAUUAUUUCAAUUAGGACCGGUCCAAAGUAGUUACAGGAAGACUGAUUUUGCGAAAAGUUUUAAAAUGUUGUCUAUUUAUUUUAUUUAUUUAGCAACAUUACCCAAAACGAAAAUUCAAAAAGUUUUCUUUUUGUUUGUUUUCAUAAACACGUCAGGCAAUAUUUACAAUUUACGGAAAAUAACAAAUGGGAACAUUGUAACAUAUUUUAAAUGUAAUAUUAGUGCAUAGAUGUAUACAAAACAAAAGAAAAACACUUCGGUGUUAAAGAGAUAUAUUGUAAGACUAUAAUAGUGAAAUCUCUUUAUCAUUAGAAACAUAUUUUUAAGUAGUGCGAUCGAAAUAAAAAAAUAUAUAUUUAACGUUACAUUUCCUACGCGGAAAUUGAAGAAAGGGCAUUUAUAUGAACUUUUCAAUUUAAUUACUUUAUCAUUUCUUUCUUCACUAUUUCCUACAAUGUAUCUCUAUAUUGUGUUGACUAUUAUUUUGUACAUACUAUAAUUUGUUUUAGUGUCCACAAACUAUUUGUUAUCCAGUGAGAUUUGUAACCACUAAUCGUUUUGAUUUUUCCGAACUAAUGGAGGUAAAUAUUCUCUUUGAUUCUUGUGAAACGUGCAUUCCGUUUAACGAUAGAUAAAUAAAUAAAUCUGAGGGCAUGCGAUAUGAUCGUGAACGCAACAUUUUAAUUACCUACUGGCUGCAGUAUUUACAUAUGCUUUUUGCUAAAUAAGGUAGACAUACCUUUACGGAAUAUUUUGUUUAAGUACGUAUAUUAAUUUCUGUUUUAUCUUCACACAUAACGUUCAGACUUUACCUAGGGUAUUGAGAUUGGGCUUUAGCCCUGAGGAUUUGUACUUAUUGUCUAAAAAUAUUUAUUUAUAAAUAGGUGCAAGUCCUUAUCACACUCAAAAGGGUUGCCUAUCAAAUUUUAAAUGUCAUUAAUUUAUUAAACAGCAAAAUGUUACAAUUAGUUGUAAGUAGUGAUCCUCAGGGUGGCAUUUAAGUUUUAUAAAGUUAAACUUUUUAUUUCUAUGACAGCUAACUUUUUAAUUUGUAUUACCUAUCACAUUUCAAGCCACAAUCUCACUGGUUGUCUAUUCCAAAGCUUAAGUUGUCUAUGUUCUUUUAUUUCUUUUUCAUUGCUUGAUGCCAAAAAUUUUAUCUGCAAAAAUUCUAUUAUUCAGUAAUUAUGUAAUACCAGUCUCCUUCUAUUUAGGUUAAAGGAUGACGGGAGAGUCGGCGCCUGACAUUUACCACAACGUAUAAUAUAGUCCAUACCUAGUAUCUAGGUCAAAUAAACUCCCAGUUUUCAUAAAAAAAAACCCUAUCGAACCCCGUAGCAUGCUUACUGUAUUUAUCGUAGUCCAUGUCGUAGGUUAUAGUUUUAGAGCACAAAUACCUACAAUGGACGCGUUUUACAAGUUUGAUCAUGUGCUGAUUCGCCCGACAUCAAUACUCAUUAUUAAUUAAUCAUAGAAUUAAUGAGUAAAUUCCAUAAUAAUACUAUAAGUGAGCUCUCCCUUGCUUGUAGGAGGAUUGUUUUUAAAUGUUACCUGGACAAAGCGCGAUUGCAACCUUCUAUAGUCAAUGAUUUUAGCGUUAGCUCUACUAAUAAGGAAAUACCUUGUUUUUAUUAUUUAUUUUGUUUCAAUGAAAAUUAUAUAGGUAUAUUUUAUUAUUGUAACCUACAUAGUUACGUUGGCUGUAAUUUAAUAUUGAUGUAAUUAAUAUAUGUAUUUUUAUUUCAA